AUUGCAAUCGACAAGUGUGUCGUGAAUAAGUUGAGAUCGAAUUGGGGCGGACGAUCCGAAUUCAGAAAAGAAACGGAGUGUUCUUGGAUCCGGACACUGGUCAAUUCGAUCCGAGAAUUCUUUGGGAACAAGCCAAGCUAUAAGCAGGGCGAGGAGAACCAAAAGACCUCUUUCUACACAAGAUUUUAACGAGUCGAAUUCAACCGGGGAAGAUGAAGAUCACUGUAAUGACUGCCGAUGAGCAGAUCGUCACACUAGACGUCGAUCGAGACGAAUCUGUGGAGAACUUGAAAGCUCUGCUCGAGGUCGAGACGCGAGUGCCGCUUCAGCAACAGCAGCUGCUUUACAACGGGAAGGAGAUGAGGAAUGCAGAGAAACUGAGUGCUCUUGGUGUUCAGGAUGGCGAUUUAGUGAUGAUGGUCUCACUCUCUUCGUCUAGUGCACCUACCAAUGACUUGGGCUUCAAUCCAGAUGGGUCUGCUAUAAACCCUGCAGCUUUCCAGCAGCACAUCCGACGUGAUUCUAAUAUGUUGGCGCAACUGUUUCAGAGGGAUCCUGAACUCGCUCAAGUUCUUGUCGGAAAUGAUCUCAAUAGGCUGCAGGAUCUUUUGCGGCAGCGUCAUCGCCAAAGAUCUGAAUUACGACGUCAACAAGAAGAGGAGCUAGCACUUCUCACUGCAGAUCCCUUUGAUGUGGAAGCACAGAAAAAAAUUGAAGCUGCAAUUCGCCAGAAAGGAAUUGAUGAGAACUGGGCAGCUGCCUUAGAAUACAAUCCUGAAGGUUUUGCAAGGGUGGUGAUGUUGUAUGUUGACAUGGAAGUUAAUGGUGUCCCAUUGAAGGCAUUUGUUGAUAGUGGAGCUCAGUCAACAAUCAUAUCUAAAAGCUGUGCUGAGCGCUGUGGAUUGUUGAGACUUUUAGAUCAACGUUAUAAGGGCAUAGCUCAUGGGGUUGGUCAGUCAGAGAUACUAGGCCGGAUACAUGUUGCCCCGAUCAAGAUUGGGAGUGUAUUUUACCCAUGUUCCUUCUUGGUUCUGGAUUCUCCCAAUAUGGAUUUCCUUUUUGGGCUGGAUAUGCUUCGUAAACACCAGUGCAUAAUAGAUCUGAAGGAGAACGUCUUGAGAGUUGGUGGAGGAGAGGUUUCCGUACCAUUUUUGCACGAAAAGGAUAUUCCGCCUAGUUAUCUGGAUGAGGAGAGAUAUUCAAAACAAGCUUCUAGCUCAGGAGCCCAAGCUACACCUGAAACAAGACAGAAUAGCAAUGCUCAAACUGUGGGUCAGCCUUCUGGUAGUGCCCCUAAUUCAACACAGGGACCUGAAUUUGAAGCCAAAGUCGCAAAACUUGUGGAGUUGGGGUUCGGAAGAGAGGCAGUGAUACAGGCUCUAAAAUUUUUUGAUGGCAAUGAAGAGCAGGCUGCUAGUUAUCUUUUUGGGGGCUGAAGAUGGUCUCUUCCUCUUUUCUCAUGAUUUUUUUUCUUUUUGGUCAUUUUAUGGGACUAUAUCAUGAAUUUCGACUAUAAAGAGAGAGAAAGAGGGCUUGCUGUGUAACUCAGAAAACUGUAAUGUAUUUUCCUACAUUCUUUGGGCCUGAAA